CCAGUCACAUAAGCAGCCCUGGAGUAGAAACAGUGUCAGUCUCGGAUUCCUCCGAGCUCAGAGGAAACCUUGCCCUUUUGAGAAUCUCCACCCCGAGGAGGCUUCUGACCCCAGCCGGACCGAGGCUCUCCCUGUGUCUGUUCCUGCGGAGGAGGAGGAAGAGGAGGAGGGAGAAGAAGCGUCCGGCGAUGAAGGGCAAAGCGGUGCGGAUGAUGGUCCUGGGCGCGUGGCUACUGGGCCUGGCGGCGCCCCAGGGAGCGGCCAAUGCGGGCGGGGGCAGCAGAACAGAUUUCGAAGAUAUUGAAAGCAGGUUUUCUCUGAGGACUCCUGAGGUACCUGAUGAUGACACCUGUUACCUUGUACCUGGAGAGAGAGAUUCUGUUGCGGAGUGUCAUUUCAACCACACCAGUAAAACCUUUGUGGUGAUCCAUGGAUGGACGGUGACAGGAAUGUAUGAGAGCUGGGUGCCAAAGCUCGUGGAUGCACUAUAUAAGAGGGAACCAGAUUCUAAUGUCAUUGUGGUAGACUGGCUUAUACGUGCCCAGCAACACUAUCCAGUAUCUGCCAGCUACACCAAAUUGGUGGGAGGAGAUGUAGCCAAGUUUAUCGACUGGAUGGAGGAGCAAUUUAACUACCCCCUGGACAAUGUCCAUAUCCUGGGGUAUAGCCUUGGUGCCCAUGCGGCUGGCAUUGCAGGAAGUCGGACUAACAAAAAAGUGAACAGAAUCACAGGCCUAGAUCCCGCUGGACCUACCUUUGAAUAUGCUGAAGCUCCGAGCCGCCUCUCUCCUGAUGAUGCCAAUUUUGUAGAUGUAUUGCACACCUUCACUAGAGGGUCGCCAGACCGCAGUAUCGGAAUCCAGAAGCCCGUGGGACACGUUGACAUUUACCCUAACGGUGGAGGUUUCCAGCCAGGAUGUAACAUAGGAGAAGCGAUUCGCCUAAUUGCAGAGAAGGGCUUUGGAGAUGUGGACCAGCUGGUGAAAUGCUCUCAUGAACGCUCCAUUCAUCUCUUCAUUGACUCCCUGUUGAAUGAAGAAAAGCCAAUCAUGGCCUAUCGUUGCAACUCCAAGGAAGCUUUUGAAAAGGGGCUUUGUCUGAACUGCAGGAAGAAUCGCUGCAACAAUCUGGGCUAUGAGGUCAAUAAAGUGAGAGCCAAGAGAAGCAGCAAAAUGUACCUGAAAACCCGCUCUCAGAUGCCCUACAAAGUUUUCCAUUAUCAAGUCAAGAUACAUUUCCUUGGGACUGAAAAUAUUACUCAGACCAAUCAGCCAUUCCUGAUCUCCUUGUAUGGCACAGUUGAAGAGAGUGAGAACAUUCCUUUUGUCUUGCCUGAAAUUUCCACCAACAAGACCUAUUCAUUUCUGGUUUACACUGAGGUAGAUAUUGGAGAGCUGCUUAUGUUGAAGCUGCAGUGGGAAAAGGAUUCAAUCUUCAGCUGGUCUGGCUGGUGGAGCAGUGCUGCCUUCGGUAUCGAGAAAGUCAGAGUGAAAGCUGGAGAAACUCAGAAAAAGGUAGUUUUCUGCUCUCGAGACAAAGUCUCAGAGCUGAAGAAAGGAAAAGCACCAGUGGUGUUUAUAAAAUGCCAUGACAAGUCCCUUAGUUCCCCUAAGUUCCUAAAGAAGAAGACUGUCUGAAAAACACAAGUCUCCAGGUGGAUAAGAAACAUUUGAAUUCCAAGAAGAAUGUACCAGAUGAAGAAACUGUAUUUUGAAAGUGAGCCCCAGUGCUUUGGGCAUUUGCAAGAGGGUCUGUUCAAAUGCUUAUCCCAGCUGAAUUAACAUUAGCCAUUUUUCUUUGUUAGCUAUUAUAGGGGACAGUCUCAGAAAAAAAAAAAUAAAAUGGUCAGUAAAAUGUGAGGAACAAAAUGGUCAAAAAGCACAUAUUCCUAGAAUAAACUCCCUAGUGAAAGGCAUUGGAAAGAAUAAGGACCUUGGUUACUUGUGUUCCUGCAUUGGAACUAAACUCUCCCUUAUGAGCAGCAUAGCAGUUUCCUAAUAUUCAUUGGAAAAUAUAAUUGUCAAGAGUCUGUUUUUUCAGGGGGGAGGGUUAUUCCUUAAAGGAUUUUCCAAAAUUGAAUAGAGAAAAGUGUUUGCUGCCUUAUCCAUUCUCUGCUCACCACAAACUGGUCCAAUUAGGGAAGGGGUGUCUUCACUUUUCACACAUUGGGAAGCUUGUUGCUUCCAAGAGGUCCAGGAAAGAAUGGACAUGGAGAAAAUAAUGAUUAAGAAUGUGGCUGAAGAAGCACUCUAACUGGGAAUUCCCCACUCUAGUCAGUCUGUUCCCAGUCUUAGUUAUAAAUCAAAAACAAUGAGUCUGUUCUUCUGUAUUGUGCUAUCCACUUAAUUAUACAAUAAAGUAUUUACCUUGUCCCAAACAGGAAUUUUAACAUUACAUUGUUAUUGCUGUAAGAGCUAAAGUGAAUAAAAUUCCUUGCAGGGUAAUUAUGUUACCUUCUUAAUAUAUAUAUAUUAAUUGAUGUGAAUAUUGAAAUUUCUGUUCUUGACUUUUCUGACCUCAGACAAAGCAUGGCCAGCCUAGAGCUGAGUUACUUUCCAGACAGAACAUUUGCCAGUAUAGGGUUUACCUUGCUUUUUGGAAAUAAACAUGUGGCAAAUGAUGACUCUCUGCUUGUUAAAAUCACAGAUUAGCCAAGGGGUCUGAAUUCACACAAAUUUCAGGAAAGUACGGUUUUUCUUUAAUUGAGAAGACAGACUCUAUGCAACAUACAGUAGGUAGUGUAUAACUGAUUUAACUAUUCUGAAGUGUUAAGCCCACAUAAAAGUACAACUAGUGUUUUUUGUAAAUGAUCAACAAAAGGUUAGUUUGCAAUUAUUUAUAAACUGAAUAAUCACAGUAUAUUUUCAAAAUGCUUUCAUAGACAGUUUAGAAACAGAAAAUAAUAGUUAAAAAGACAAAACCAAACAGUAUCCAAACUAUAAGCAGUAAUGUCUUUUUAUGUAUGUCUACUUAUCAACCCCAUAGUUUGUCAGGUAAACACAUAACUAGUAUAUUGCUAUGUAUUAGAAUGAACUCCUUUACGGGUUGCUAGAAUAUGAGUACUUAGCCUAAGACUAGGCUGGGCUGCUAGAUAAAGUUGGUCUAAUUGUUGAAGUUGAUAUGAAUUGGUGUCAAAUGAGAUCUUUGCAAAUGAUAAAUAAAGUGAUAUAUGACCUCCAGUUGACAUUGCCCUUCCUUGUGUUUACUAAUUUUACUAAUUUGGUGGUUAACUUUAGAAUGAAUGCUUGUACAUUUAAGAUUGGAUCAGACAAAUUUACUCAAAGCACUUGAAUUCUAAUUUCUAAAGACUUUUAUAUGUGCAAAAUAUGAUUUAGCUUUAAAUGUUAUUUAUUAGCUGUAAAUAUGUGUGCGUGUAAAGGUAGUUUGUAUAUGUUGAUAAGAUUACCAAGGCUAUCUUCAUUUAUAUAACUGUGGUGCUAACUUUGUAAAUAUCUUUUAAUAGUGAUAUUUUCUCACUGAAUUCAUUACUUCUCUGUAACGAUGCAGUGUAAUAGGCUUUUCUUUAAACUUCUCAACUCUGUGAAGUAAACUGUGCUUUUAAUA